AUGUGCUCAACGGUGGAAACGUCAAAGACUCAUAGGGCAUUCAUUGCCUUGGGGAGUAAUGUUGGAGAUCGGGUCGAGAUGAUUGAAAAAGCCUGUCUUGAGAUGGACAGAGCUAAUAUCAAGGUUAAACGGACCAGUUCAUUAUUUGAGACUACUCCGAUGUAUGUGCUUGACCAAGCCACAUUUAUCAAUGGAGUCUGCGAGGUUGAAACAAGUUUGUCCCCCAUGGAGCUUUUGGAUGCCCUCCAAUCUAUCGAGAUUGCCUUGGGUAGAAAGAAGUUGAUUGAUAAAGGGCCUCGCUCAAUUGACUUGGAUAUUCUGCUCUAUGACCAGGAAAUAUUUUCUCAUGAGCGUCUCAAUAUCCCACACAGCCUGAUGUUGGAGCGAGAUUUCGUACUCCGGCCUCUUUCUCAAUUAAUCCCUCAUCAUCGACCUCCCCAGUCAGGGAAAAAGAUACAUACAUACAUUGAACAUAUGAAAACUCUUUCUCCAGAGCCUACCCCCUUCUCCACAACUCCAAUCUCCCCAGGCUUCCCAUCACUGCAUGCAACUGACCCAACACGCAAAACCCAUAUAAUGGCCAUUCUGAAUCUAACUCCAGACUCAUUUUCAGACGGAGGCACACACUCCCCGUCAGACUUUACCAAACUCAGUGAAACAGUCCGCACCUUCAUUGCCCAAGGUGCAACAAUCAUCGAUAUUGGCGGCGAAAGCACACGCCCGGGUUCCAUCCCCGUCGGGCCAGAAGAGGAAAUUGCUCGUGUCGUCCCAGCAGUGAAGCACAUCCGCACUUCUAUUCCCGAAGCAGCCAACAUCGCUAUCAGUAUCGACACUUACCGUGCCAGUGUGGCCGAAGCAGCAUGUGCCGCUGGCGCUGAUAUCAUCAAUGAUAUCUCUGCCGGACUCCUAGAUCCCGAUAUGCUGCCCACCGCAGCUCGCAUUGGCAAAUCUAUCAUCUUGAUGCAUAUGCGCGGAACUCCGCAGACUAUGACCACGCUGACCAAGUACCCUAACGGUGUUAUUACCGACGUGGCCGCCGAGCUCUGUGAACGAAUUGUUGCCGCUGAAGAAGCGGGUAUUCGGCGCUGGCGUAUCAUUCUCGAUCCGGGCCUUGGAUUUGCAAAGAACCAAGAAGAGGAUUUGGAAAUACUGCGUAAUCUAUCACAGCUUCGCGCUAGGGAGAGUCUUGAGUAUUUUCCUUGGCUGAUGGGGCCUAGUCGCAAGCGGUUUAUCGGUCAUAUCACUGGUGUUAAAACGCCGCGAGAGCGCGUAUGGGGUACUGGUGCUACUGUUUCUGCUAGUGUUGCUGGGGGAGCGGAUAUUGUUCGUGUGCAUGAUGUUCAUGAGAUGUGGCAGGUUGCCAAAGUGUCUGAUGCCAUCUACCGGGUGUAA